AUGGCCGACACACAAACAAUCACUGACAACGAGCGUUGGGCCGGUAUCUACAAGCUGCUCGAUCGCACCAGUCUAAUUCACCCAGAGUUUGAGCCACAGGAGGAGAUCAAGGAGUUUAUCAAGAGCUGCAAGAUUCUUGUCAUUGGCGCAGGCGGACUCGGUUGCGAAAUCCUCAAGAACCUGGCCCUGUCGGGUUUCUGUGACAUUCAUGUCAUUGACAUGGAUACUAUCGAUGUCUCAAAUUUGAACCGCCAGUUCCUCUUUCGACGCGCCGAUGUGGGCAAACCCAAGGCUGUAACUGCCGCAGCAUUCAUCAACAAACGCGUCCAGGGAGUCGAUGUCACGCCUCACUACUGUAAGAUCCAGGAUAAGGACGAGGACUUUUAUUCGGAGUUUGCUCUCAUCAUCUGUGGCCUUGACUCUAUUGAGGCCCGGCGCUGGAUCAACGCAACGUUAGUUAGCAUGCGGGAUGAGGACAACCCUGACUCGAUCAAGCCCUUGAUUGACGGAGGAACGGAAGGAUUUAAGGGCCAGGCUCGCGUAAUUCUUCCAGGAAUUACUUCUUGUUAUGAAUGCUCAAUGGAUAUGCUGAGCAAACCUACUGGUUUCCCUCUGUGCACCAUCGCGAACACGCCUCGCUUACCAGAGCAUUGUAUUGAGUGGGCUUCUGUCCUUGAAUGGCCCAACAAGUACGGAGAGCGAAAGAUGGAUACGGACGACCCUAAGGAUAUUCAGUGGCUGUAUGAGGUUGCACUUGCACGCGCGAAGCAGUACAACAUCCAGGGGGUUACCUACAGCUUGACACAGGGUGUCGUCAAAAACAUUAUUCCCGCCAUCGCAGCGACUAAUGCCAUUAUUGCUGCAUCAUGCUGUAACGAAGCGCUCAAGAUUGCGACCACAUGUGCCAAAAACCUGAACAACUAUAUGAUGUAUAGCGGCAACGAUAGCGUUUAUACCUAUACGUUUGAGCAUCAACGAAAGGAUGACUGUCCUGUGUGCAGUAAUUCUGCUACAAGACUAGAAUUUAACGGAAGCAAAACCCUCGAGGACCUUAUGGACUACCUUAAGGAAAAGCCCGAUGUGCAACUUAAGAAACCUAGCUUUUCAUUGGCUGGCAAGCCUCUAUACAUGCAGGCGCCAAAACCGUUGGAGGAAGCCACACGUCCAAACCUGUUAAAGACACUGAAAGAGCUAUUCUCAAGUGGGGACGAAAUUACAAUCACGGAUACGACGCUUCCGUUCAGCAUGCAAAUCCUUGUUCGCUUCGUCUAGCCAGAAGUACCAAAGCGCCUAAACACAGCGAAUGGAGCAAUUCGUUAAACGCGUAACUAUCAGACGCUAUAACCUACAAUUUAGGAAAAGAUCGUAAAGGAGUAUGUAUAUACACAUUGAGUAUACACUAUGAUUUAAAACUGUCUCAAUAAUCGCCGUACACUCAUGAUUUGUCUACGUGAACAACAACUGUUUAUCAGAAUGACUUCAAACUCGGUAUGAAGGCGGUAUUGCCGAUGAUGAACAUUGCAACGUAGUUUUGUAUUGAUACCUUGUAUUGUUGCUAUGCAAUCGCAAUUCUGUAUGGAGCACGGCAUUGAGAAGGUUUUGAACCCUAUUCACUAUAUUGUCUUGCUUAUAUAGAGUGCCUCAUUUCUCUGAAUCCACCACCGCUCGGUGCCGAUUCUUUAUUAAGAGCAUAGUGUCUCUGAGACU